GCGAGCCUUAUUCAUUCUCUUACAGUUUACCCGAGGAGCAGCGCCAUGCCCGAGCCACCUAAAAGCGCGCCCAAGAAGGGCUCCAAGAAAGCCGUGACCAAGGCGGCUGGUAAAGGAGGCAAGAAGCGCAGAAAGUCCAGGAAGGAGAGCUACGCUAUCUACGUGUACAAGGUCCUGAAGCAGGUUCAUCCCGACACCGGCAUCUCGUCUAAGGCUAUGGGCAUCAUGAACUCCAUCAAUGACAUUUUCGAGCGUAUCGCCGGUGAGUCCUCUCGUCUGGCUCACUACAACAAGCGCUCCACCAUCACCUCCAGAGAGAUCCAGACCGCUGUGCGCCUUUUACUGCCUGGCGAGCUGGCCAAGCACGCCGUGUCCGAGGGCACAAAGGCCGUCACCAAGUACACCAGCUCCAAGUAAAGCGCGCUGCUGCUGCGGCCGCCUUCAGCAACUCAACGGCUCUUUUAAGAGCCACACA